AUGAGAGCCAUAUCAAUCCAAAAAGAACGUCGUAGAGCCCAUGACCUAGACAAAGACCUCGAAAAGAUGCUCGACUAUUUCGCGGAUGUAACCCACACUACUUUAACUCUCGAAAAUGACGAUGAGAUAGUAAUUGAAGAUUCCCAAAUCCUUUUGAAUUAUGAACCUUAUCGCCCUUCACAAGGUCCGCGCGGUGAAACAAUGAAGCCGUGGCCAAGAGAGAAAAUUAGAGGGAGAAAGCGAAGGAGUCCUUUCAGACCAUCACAAUCGCAUGAUCACGCGGAAGGUUGGGGCCGACACGAGCAAAAAAACCUAGGAGGAGAGAAUGUGGGAGGAGGGGAGGAAAUGGGAGGAGACAAUGUGAGAAGAGAGGACAAUGUUGGUUCUUCGAGAGAAUCUUACACACCACAUGAAGAGGUACCUCUUACCAUUACUAUCAGAGGAGAAUCGUAA